AUGACCUCGCAUGAAGGAGAAGGAGUUGCAACAUUUUGCCGCAACGCAGUGACACCUAAAGCUGCUGAGGAGGGUCUCUCGUGUUGCCUUACUCCUCAGCCAUCUAUUGCCUGUUACGGCAGUAACACUGACUUCACACCUGAUGAGCUAGAAGCUCUGGAUAAUGAGGGUCGUGCCAUACUCACAGAACAUACUCUCCCUGAGGGCAAGUCAGUUGUUAUUAUUAAUGUGUACUGUCCCAGAGCUGACAAGGAAAAUAAGGAAAGAGUGGAUUUUAAAAUGAACUUUUAUAAAUUGCUGCAGGAGAGAGCUGAAUCCCUUGUCAAUGCAGGAAGGCACGUCAUUUUUCUUGGUGACAUUAACACAUCACAUAAAAUGAUAGAUCAUUGUGAUCCUGACAAAGAGGCUUGUUCUACGGACUUAAGUGUUACACAGGUAACAAAGACGUCCUUAAAACGAAGUGCCUCUUGCGGUGAUGUCAAAAGCAAAUCUGUAAAACGUCAAAAAUCUGCCGGAGGGAAAAACAAAGCUGAAGGACAGCCAAAGACAAAUCUGUUUAGUUUCUUUAAAAGGUCUACAGACCCGGUGGCAGUCAAUAAGAGUGUUACCGAGGUAACUAACGAAGCGUUUGAUUUAGUUAAGACUACUCCUUCCGAGUUUGAACAGUACGCAGGCGCGGAUAACGUCUCUUCACUUUCAAAUACCUCCGUUUCAUUUUCAGACGCGGCUUUAAAUGUUUCUGAGAACGAACCUGUCCCUGAAAACGCAUUGAGUCGCAAAGAUUGCGCAGAGAAGCGUAAAGUGGAUGCGGCAAUUUGGAAAAGUAUUCUCUCUGGGCCGCGUCCACCCCCUCUUUGUAGGGGUCACAAGGAGCCGUGCGUCCUAAGAACAGUGAAAAUCAGAGGUCCAAAUCAAGAGAGGCAGUUUCAUUGUUGUGCCAGACCACAAGGACACAGCUCCAAUCCUGAAGCUCGUUGCAAUUUCUUUAAAUGGGUGAAGUGGAGUUGA